AAGAGCUUCCUUGUAUCAGUGGGGAUGAGCUUUCUGCUCCUACAGCUUCUCUUUCUGGGCAAUAUGUCCUACCUGUACGGGACGCAGUAUCGAGACAGCGAACGAAUCCAUCAAUUGAAGCUCCUGUACGUCGAUUUCGACGGCGACAUCAUCGGCCAAUCCGUCCUCGACGCAUACGGAGCCCUGCAGGGCGCGACCUUCCCUACUUUGCACCAGGCAUCCACCGAGGACUUUUCAUCUAGUCAGGAUGUGCGCAACGCCGUCUGCCACGGGGACUACUGGGGGGCUAUCUACGUCAACGCGGGGGCCGCCGCGCGGCUGGCAGCAUCACUGUCUGGGGACGCAGACAGCAGCAGCAGCAGCAGCAGCAGCAACACCACCACCGCAACCACCGCGCUGACCUACAUCUGGAACGGAGCACGGUACCCCGCGUUCGCGCAAAGCGCCGUCUACUCCAACCUCCGCACGCUGAUCGAAGCGACGCGGUCGACGUACUACGCGCGCAACGCGUCCAACGUCCUCCAAACCCUCCUCGCCUCCUCAGCAUCAACAUCAACCGCACUAACCGCCUUCCUCGACCCCAUCACCGCGACGGAACACAACAUCAAAGCCACCGCGCAAGGCGGGCGGGUCCUGUACAACACGGUCUCGAUCGUCAUGCCGAUCAUCCAGCAGUUCUUCUUCAUGAUGGCGCUGAACGGGCUGUCGGCGCAGUUCCAGCUGUUCACGCGGCUGACGCCGCGCGCCAACGGUCUGCUGCGGCUGUGCAUCUCGGGGUGCUACACCUUCGUGGGCGCCCUGUGCAUGGUGGGCUACAUCUGGGCCUUCCGCGAGUCGUGGGCCGUCUCGGCCGGCCAGUUCGUGCUCUGCUGGAUGGCCGUCUGGCUGUACAUGCACAUCAACUUCCAGAUCGUGGACGUGCUGACCACCUACGUGCCCAUGCAGUUCAUGCCCUUCUGCAUCCUGACCUGGGCGAUCCUCAACGUCGCCAGCACGGUCAGCCCUUUCGAGAUGCAGCCGGGCUUCUUCCGGUGGGCGUACGCCCUCCCCGCGCACGAGCUGUACCAGGUGCUCGUGCAGAUCUGGAGUGACGGGUGCGAGAAUCAGUUGCGCACCGCCUUGCCCGUCUUGUUCUCGUGGUGGGUCGUCGGGGCGGGGACGGCCAUCGUCGCGACGCAUCGGAGGUGUCGG